GCCGGUGACACAGAUGCGGAUAUCACCACAGCUCUUUUAAUGACUGUACGGUGUGGGCAAGGGGGAAAGACUACCCUUGCCUAGCAAAUGAAAAAAACGUAGAAAGCGGGAGUCCAACUGUAACUUUUACAUCAAGCAUGCCAUGUGGGCGUGAAGCAGAGAGAGAGAGAGAGAGAGAGAGAGAGACGCCCUCGCUUUACAAGGGGUAAACCAUUUCACUCCUAUUCGCCACGCUGUGUAACAGGCAACGGGAGAAAAAGCUCCCCGAGUGCUGCAGGAAGUUGAUGGCUAUGUGUGAUGCUCAGACCUCAACAUCGUUUUUCAAUCAGAGUUUUUAAGAUCUGCAUAUGCCAAUGGUUUUACCACACGUAGAAUGGGAUUAACUUGGUCCGGCAAAUAUAUCUCACUGUUUCUUGCUGUUCAGUUAGUUUAUCUGCUACAUGUGGUGAGAGCAACGGGGAAAUGUGAUACAGUAUUCAGAGGGUUCUCCAAUUGCUUGCUGAGCCUGGGGGAGAAUAUGGCUAACUAUCCACAUGAGCUGGAUGAGAAGGAAAACCUACAGACCAUCUGCACAUAUUGGGAUGACUUCCACUCAUGUGCGACCACUGCGCUGGUGGAUUGCCAAGAGGGAGCCACAGACCUAUGGGAGAAGCUCAAAAAGGAGUCCAGAAACUUAGAGUUCCGAGGGAGCUUGUUUGAACUGUGUGGCGGGGGGAACGGGGCCUCCAAAUCCACAGUCGCUUUAGGUCUCAUCAUACUUCUAACGGCACUUUCCGCCUUAGUGACUUGGCUUGCAUUUUAGCAAAAACAAACAAAGAAGAAGAUAAAGGGGAAAAAUGCUAGCUAUUGACACAAAAAUACAAAACAAAAGAGACGUUUGAAUUCAUUUACACCCAAAUGGAUUAUACUUCAUCCGGGGAAGGCGACCUGAUUUUGCUAGAGACAUUGGCGGGUCGUCUUCCGGGACUGGUGCACCAUAUUUCUCUGACCUGGGGUCAAUUACAUUAAAUAUUUAGCAGGUAUUGAGUUGAAAUUAUGAUGACAUUUAGAUGGAUCCUCGCCCGGUUACUAUUAAAGUCGACGAUGAAUUAUUUAUAUUAGUAGCCUAGGCCUUGACAUCUGUUAUUUCAGGUGAUUGCAAACUGCUCAUACUCUGUAGGCUAAUGCGAGGCGCGCUUAGCCCAACGAAAUCUCCAGAUCGGUCUCCAAUAUUCACCGUUUAGAUAUGUUAUUUACUUUACUUUGCGAAAUGUAUCAUGUCGAGCUAAGUAUAAAUGGAAAGGGUUGUUUGAGGAUAUGAUGUUUCUACUUUCACACGAUGCUAAUAGCCUAACUAUCACCCUAGAAAAAAUACAUGUAAAAUAGCAUAGUAAUAAGAAUGAAAAAAAGAGUACAAGCAUUCAAUGGUAGUUUGGUUAUUACGUGAAAAGUAGCGUAUAGCAACAUGUUGACAAAGUUGGUCAAUGUAGAGAACGAAAACAGUGGCCGGAGAGUGACAUGACGGUUGCCAUUAUGUUGGCACUUUACCCAUCAAUUUACGAACAAAUAGAAGCUACCCAUGGGGUAUAGUGUACAUGAAACCAUACUUCCCCAAAGUAGGCUACAGUAGCACGAGAAUACUCGGAACGCGAAAUCAAU